AUGUCAGAAUAUGGUAAAGCAGGUAGUGGAGGGAUGCAAUCAUCCCAAUACGACAACAUAGACAGAAGGGAGAGACUUAAAAAGUUGGCAAUGGAGACUAUAGAUAUAUCAAAAGAUCCCUAUGUCAUAUCGAAUCAUCUUGGUUCAUAUGAAUGUAGAUUAUGUCUUACACAACACAAUAAUAUAGGUAACUAUCUUGCACAUACACAAGGCAAGAAGCAUCAGACCAAUUUGGCUAGAAGAGCUGCACGUGACCAAAAAGAUAACCCAAACAACCACUUUAACAAAUCGUCGUCGGCAAUGUCUCACAGACCACGUAUCAUACCAAAAAAGACUAUAAAGAUUGGAAGACCGGGAUACAAGAUCAUCAAACAGAGAGAUCCAGAUACUGGUCAACUGUCACUUCUCUUUCAAAUCGAUUAUCCAGAGAUUGAACAAGGACUUCAACCAAGACACAGAUUUAUGAGUUCAUUUGAACAACAUGUCGAUCAUGUCAACAAAGAUUACCAAUAUAUUUUAUUUGCUGCAGAGCCAUAUGAAACUAUUGCUUUCAAGAUACCAAACAAAGAUAUAGAUAGAACUACUGGUCCUGAUGGCAAAUUCUUUACUCAUUGGGAUAAAAAUAAAUUAUCAUUUACUUUACAAUUAUAUUUCAAAGAGUCAAGUAAUAAGGAUCAACAACAACAAACUCAACAACAACAACCACCACCCACCCCAACAACAAGAAUAAAUAGAAAUGAUAUGUAUCGUUGCAGAUUGGUUUGGAAUUCCAACAACAAACUAAUCAUUCCUUUUAUAAUAUUUCAAGAAAAACAAAAAGAGAAAACAUGA